AUGAUAGUUUGGGAACCGAAAACGCUCAUCUUCGCGAAGAAUGUGCAACCUCAAAAAAACAAGCUAAACCGAAUGAAAGUCGGCUACCGCUGCAAGCAAUACUCUCUAAACCACAACAUAGAAAUCCAGAACGUUCCGCCGGGAACCAGAGAAAACGAACCCAAUUCUGGUAGACCGCUAACAGUAAGUUUAUCUCUGCCAUUCGACCACGCUGAGAGAGAUCUGAACGCCAAGCUGAAGCCUCAGCUUCAGUCGAUCUGUGCGUCGCUCAAGCUGAACAGCGAAGUCACCGCCACCAAUGUUACCAUUCUGAACAGCCUGUUGGACGACAUCUUAGUUCAGAUGAAGCGGAAGGAUCCUCUCUUCCAUCUGCUUUUCAAGAGGCUCGAAUUCUCCGGAAGCUACUAUGACGGGCUGCGGAUCAAAAAGGCAGACGAGUUUGACAUUGACCUUGUGCUGAACCUACCUUUCGAGAAGGACGAAUUCACCGCGUCGGACGGAUGUCCCGGACACGUCGGCUACGAAGUCAGUCCGGCAGCCGUGGACAGGCUGCACCGGGAAGGGGACGCCAAGUGGGUUCCGCUUUUACUGGAUUUGAUGGAUGGCGAGAGGAGGCUCGUUCCAGAGAGGGUCACACAAUGGCUCGAAUCGGUUCUCGGCUCUGUUCUCCGGACCUACGUCGUCUCCUCUGGGCCCUGCUGGGCCAUUGAAAAGAUACGGCUGAGGCAGCACGGCCCUGCCGUGACACUUUAUAUCAAACUCAAAGAUGGCAACCAGAUUGACGUGGACCUCGUGCCUGUGAUAGAAUUUCGCCACCCUAGUUGGCCCACAGGCGUUCAGAAAAAAGGCUGGAUGGCUAAUAUGCUACCAGAGGACUGCAACUGGUUCCUGAUUCCCAAGCCUCCCAUGUCCAUGCCCAAGUCCCACCUAUGGCGGCUGCACUUCCCGAAUAUGGAAAAGAGGCUCAUCGAAGACAAGGGUUGUGUGAAGCCCAUCAUUCGCUUACUCAAGGCCAUGAGGGACUCGUACGGCUGGAAUCUCUCGUCGUAUUCCCUCAAGACGUUUGUCAUGAGCCAGGUCCUGGAAAAUGACGACGCGCAAUAUUGGCACCCUGACAACCAAGGGAUGCUUUUCGUCAGGGUCCUGGAUUGCCUGGGACACGCCCUGGCACAACCGGGGCCCGCCAUUUCGUUCAUCUUCCACCCGGAAGUGGACCUCACCGAGACGGUCACGAGAAAGACCAGGGAUAACAUCAGUGGCCAAAUCAAAGGCAUCGUGCGCAAGCUGUGGCUCUUCCCUGACCAGUGCUACGAGCUCGUCUUGAAGAACGAGCCGAAGGGCCGGCCUUCGUCAGACAUUGUCGUGGGAGACGUCGUGUGGAACAACAUAUUACAUGUUGCGUCGAACCAUGUCUCACAACAUUGUUCGACGCAACUGUUGAUGUCUGCUAGUGACGUAGAAACUGACCUAGGCCCUGAUAAGCUUAAUGAAAUACUAGUAGUUGUGAAGGAAUCUGAGGAAUCAAACAAGCAGUAUAUAAAAGAAACAAUGGACAAACUAAAGGAAACAAAUGCAGGCAUAAGGAAUAUCAACAGCCGAGUUGCAAAACUUGAAUCUAUCAUUGAGGUUGCAAAACUAAAAGAAGACCCUCUUGGGGUGAAUGCAGCGAUUCGCGAGGUGAAUACUCAAGUAAACAUUAUAUCUCGUCGAAUACGACAAUGCCAAAGCCUCAAGAGAAAUAGCAACUGUAUGAUUCUCAGACACUAA